AUGGACAUUAAGCAUAAGGAGCAUUCAUCCCCCUACCCGCCCCUGAGCUGUUCUAUUCAUUCCACAUCUUCUCCCAUAUCCCCAGACAGCAAUAAAUGCGCAUCACACAGAUCGCAAUUAACCCCGCCUACUAAGAUCGACAGUGGCGAGGCUGCAAACCAGUCGCAAAGCCCAUUCCUGAGCAGAUUGCCACUGGAGAUACGCCGCAUCAUAUACCAAGCCGUGAUAGACCGCAAGUACCAAAAGCACCUGAACCCCAGGACAACCCACUUUAUCCGACAUGACGAGUCCAGUCGGAUCCGGUGCCCUUGUCCGCCGCGGCCAUGGAACUCCCCGGGGCUUCCCAUGGAUGAGGAAAACCCGCAGGGCCAUACUAGCAGAUUGAUCGAGUCGUACAUUGGCAGACGACGGAAACCGCCACGAAAAUGUGAUCUGCUCGUGGCGUGUCGACAGGUAUACUGCGAGGCAGUCGACAUCCUGACGUCCAACGUCACAUUCAGUAUCAUCGCACAAGAAAGAGAUGACCUGCUCAUUUUACACGACAUGCAGGAUACGAUGCCCUGGUCUCAGUACCACGCCAUCAGAUCCAUAGAGUUGAGUUACCACAUAGCCAACAACAAAAAAGAUUUCGACGACUUUCAGAGCCCUCUUUGGUACACGCGAUGGGCCGAGUUCUGCGCUUGUCUUGAACAUAUGACCGGGUUGCGGGACCUGCAUAUGUGGAUCAACAAUGAAUAUAGCUAUAACCGACGCAGAGAAUUGACACCUGACCAAGAGCGACAGAUCCUGGAGCCACUGACAAAGAUCAGAGAUCUGAGGAAUUUUAAAGUUGAGAUUUCAUGGCUUGCGACUGUCGCUGCAGCAGACGUUCUGAUCAACGCCCCAUUCACGCUGAUACGGCGACCGGGGUUUAAGCAGAGAAAAACACCCCAAGAUCAGAGGGAGUAUUAG